UCAUGGGAGACUGGUCCAUUCUCGGACGCUUCCUGUCCGAGGUGCAGAACCACUCCACAGUGAUCGGCAAGAUCUGGCUGACCAUGCUGCUGAUCUUCCGCAUCCUGCUGGUGACCCUGGUGGGGGACGCGGUGUACAGCGAUGAGCAGUCCAAGUUCACCUGCAACACCCUGCAGCCCGGCUGCAACACCGUCUGCUAUGACACCUUCGCCCCCAUCUCACACCUGCGCUUCUGGGUCUUCCAGAUCGUCUUGGUCUCCACGCCGUCCAUCUUCUAUAUCGUUUACGUCCUGCACAAGAUCGCCAAGGAUAAGAAGCCGGAGGUCCAGAGGGGGCAGGUGAUGGCUGAGCGGACCUCCAAGAAGGUGUUUGGGCAGCUGGUGAGGAAUGGGCUGGAGAACAUGGAGACUGGUAUGUCCACCUACUGCCCUGGAUACAGAGAGGAGUGGGGUGGUCAGGAAGGGGAGGGGGUGGAGCAGAGCCUGCUAGAGGAGGACUGUGGAGAGGUAGGGGAGGACCCAACUCAGCUGUCCAGCCAGGUGCUGCUAAUAUACAUCCUGCAAGUGCUGCUGCGCUCGGUCAUGGAGAUCACCUUCCUGGUGGGGCAGUACUACCUGUUUGGCUUCGAGGUGCCCCAACUGUACCACUGUGAGACCUACCCCUGCCCCACCCGCACAGACUGCUUUGUGUCACGAGCAACCGAGAAGACUAUCUUUCUCAACUUCAUGUUCAGCAUUAGCGUGGGCUGCUUUGUGCUCAACAUCGCAGAGCUGCACUACCUGGGCUGGGUCUACAUCUUCCGCGUACUGUGCUCCGCUUGCUCCACCUGCUUCCAGCCCGAGAGCCACCCUGUGGGGCUGUACGACCACCACAACCCUCUGCUGCUGCAGCUCAAACACUCUCUGAGAGGCAGGCUGGUCCUGCAGACUCCCACGCCCAUGGCCCAGGAGAAGGCUGGGGGCCACCUGCUCACUCACGUCCCAGCCAUCUCCUUUGAGACCGACUCUACUGUGGAGUGCACCUCCAAGAGGACUCUUGAAGAGAGGGACCGGGUGAAGGUUAAACUGGCCACCAUGGCCUUGAUGGGAAGGAUCAAAAAGUCUUGGCUGUGAAAUGCCCAUUAUGUGUGAUUAUCGAAUUUAUAAUUUUCCACUUUUGAAACAACAAUGGGAAAGACAGGGUUUAUAGCAAAGGUUGCUCAGAUUGGGCUUUUGGAAAAAUUGGGAGAAUGAAAGUGCACUCCUGAUUCAGAGAGAAAGAUCC